AAACAUCAGUAUGUGAAAUGGAGGGAAAGUGGUGUGGCUUUUGAGAUGAGGGAGGGGCUCUACCAAACAGCCAAUCAGAGUUUGCUCUCCACGCGAGUGUUCAAUCAUAGACGAGAUCGGGUUGCUGUUAGAGGCUAUUGGGGCGACAUCGUCUCCAGUCCAUAUCUGUCCUUCGGCAUAGAGACAGAAAACAAAAAUCUGCUGAAGAAACAGAACAACCAACAUGUGAAGACGGCUCAGGAUAUUUCAGAAGUGAACGUCCUGGCAUUAUUUGAAUGUCUUUCCACUAGAGGGAGCUCUUUACUGAAUGAAUAUGAACCAAACCCUUCAACUUCCUGCUGUCGAUCCACAGACAGUCUCAUAACAGAAGAGAAGAUACAGAAUGAUCCACCUGCUUCUCAAACUCACACAGAACCUGAGCAACAUCCAGCAGAACAACAGACACAAGUGCUUGAUUUGCUCAGUGUGGAUGGAGUGAAAGUGACAUUUCUGUCUCCAGACUCGCUCAGCAAACUUCCUCUCAAAAAGAAAUACAGGAACUUGUUUAAAACCAUCUACUGUUCAGCCAGUAUGGUUCAUCAGCUGGAUUCUUCUCUGAGAGAGAUCACAGCACCUGAUGCUGCUCUGGUAAUAGAGUUAGCAAACUUCCUGUUGGACCUUUCAAAAGAGCAAGUGUCAGGUUUUGCUGACAAAGUGAAGGAGAUUGCUGAAGAAUCAGGAUUCACAGUAACGCAUAACCAAAGCAGUGAUGUAUAUGCAGUAUUCACACGGAAACAAAACUGAAGGACUCUGACACUGAGAUGUUAUACCAACAAACAUCAUUAUAAUAAAACCACAAACACUUGUGUGCUUGAACAAUUUUAAUUAAAAAAAAUGACCUGUUGUCUCUUCCUUUUCAUUCACAUACAAAAUGUCAAGGAAUGACAGAUUGACAGAGUAAGAGAGAAAGUGUAAAGCUCUGCGGUGUACAGAUUACAGUGUACAGAAAAUCAGAGAAACAGUCAGGCAGAUACAGAAUACAGUACUGGCCCGGGAGAAAAGAGAGAUUGAUCGCUGGAUGAUUCAACAUUCAUCAGACAGAUGAGGUAAAACACUGCCGCUCCAGACUAAUAUCAGCACUACACAAAUGCUUGCAUUGCUACUGUUCUCAGUUUCAAGUUAAUUAUUAGAAUAGUGACAAUAAUAAUAAUAAUAAUAUAAUAACAACAAUAAUAAAAUUCUUCAGUAAGGUUUAAACUCAAACAGUGUAAGCAGUGUUAGGCAGAACAGAAAAAUGACAAGAAC